AUGGCUCUAGAAGUGGCUCCAGCACCUACGCUUGCUGUCUCCACAGAGGAGGCCAGGGAACUGAGUGGGUUGGGAGGCUCUCAGCAUGGGACCAGAGAGAGUGCCCACCGCAGGAACCGGCCUGGUGACCAGAGUCUGACCAUGUCUGCAUCAGGAGGUGCAGUGGAGGGACACACUGCGGUCCCCUACCGGGCUGGUUUCUACGGUGACCUGAGAAAGGCCAUAACAAGGACCAAUAAUGGACUCCCCGCAUCAGCCUUUUCCAGUGAGGAUGAGGAUAUCAUCACGAGUGGCCUGGCUCCGAGUGACCUGAAGGCAUCGACCCCCAAGUGCCAAAACAGAGGAGUUUGGGCUGAUCUGGAAGCAACAUCAGCCGCAGUCAUGAACGUGGGCACCGCACACAGCGAGGUGAACCCCAACACCCGGGUCAUGAACAGCCGGGGCAUCUGGCUCUCUUACAUCCUGGGCAUCGGCCUCCUGCAUGUGAUUCUGCUCAGCAUUCCCUUCGCCUCGGUCCCUGUUGUCUGGACACUUACAAACCUCAUUCACAAUCUGUGUAUGUACCUCCUGCUCCACACAGUCAAAGGGACUCCAUUUGAGACCCCAGACCAGGGCAAGGCCAGACUCCUCACACACUGGGAGCAGAUGGACUAUGGUGUGCAGUUCACGGCUUCAAGAAAGUUCCUCACGAUCACACCUAUCGUUUUAUAUAUCCUCACCAGCUUCUACACCAAAUAUGACCAGGCUCAUUUUGUGGUCAACACGGUGUCCUUGCUCACUGUUCUCAUCCCCAAAUUGCCUCAGCUGCACGGAGUGAGGAUCUUUGGAAUCAACAAGUACUGA